GUUAAAUAAUUACAAUUAGUUAUACAAGGCGUCUUCUCAAGUUCAUAACGCGAUCAUGCGGCUGGCACUAUUUUUGGGGCUAGUGGCAGUGGCCGCAGGCGUAACAGCCUAUAAGAACCCCCACUAUGCACCAGGGAGGUCGGUAAACGUGCACCUCUUUGAAUGGAAGUGGGAUGAUAUCGCUGAUGAAUGCGAGAGGUUUCUUGGGCCCAGAGGAUAUGGCGGUAUUCAGAUUUCACCACCCAACGAAAAUGUGGUGCUAUGGACGUACAACCGUCCUUGGUGGGAGCGUUACCAGCCGAUGUCUUAUAAACUGGUGACCCGCUCCGGGGAUCGGCAACAGUUUGCUAACAUGCUGAGGCGAUGCAACUCAGCUGGCGUCAGGAUCUACGUGGAUGCAGUCAUAAACCACAUGACAGGAGAGCCCCCAGAGAACGUUGGUACAGCUGGCAGCACUGCCGUGUUCUCCAACUGGGACUACCCGGCAGUCCCAUUCAGACGGGAACACUUCAACUGGCCUCACUGCGUCAUCGAUGAUAUUGACUACGCUAAUAAUGCGUGGAGGGUCCGUAAUUGUGAACUGGUCGGUCUAAAGGACCUUAACCAGGCAGACGAACAUGUUAGGAAGAUGAUCGUCGAUUUCAUGAACGAUCUAAUCGAUCUUGGUGUUGCUGGAUUCAGGAUCGACGCCGCAAAACACAUGUGGCCCCAAGACCUUCGCGUCAUUUACGACCGCCUCCACAACCUGAACACUGAUCACGGCUUUCCUUCAAACGCAAGGCCUUACAUCUACCAGGAGGUCAUAGACUACGGCAACGAAGCCAUCAGCCGAGACGAAUACACGCCAUUAGGAGUUGUUACCGAGUUCAAAGUGGGACUAGAACUGAGUAACGCAUUCAGAGGGGGCAAUCAACUUCGCUGGUUGUCCUCUUGGGGUCCCCAAUGGGCCCUACUGGCUCACGAAGAUGCUUUAACCUUCAUCGACAACCAUGAUAAUGAGAGAGGUCACGGCGGAGGAGGCGGCAUCCUGACUUAUAAGGAGCCUCGCAUGUACAAGGGUGCUAUAGCGUUCUUGUUAGCUCAUCCUUAUGGAGAGCCACAGAUCAUGAGCAGUUUCCAAUUCUGGGACUCUGAGGUUGGACCUCCGAUGGACAACAACGGCAAUAUAAUUUCUCCCGCUAUCAAUUCUGAUGGUUCUUGCGGCAACGGCUGGGUAUGUCAGCACAGAUGGCGUCAGAUCGCGGCCAUGGUCGGCUUCAGGAACGCGGCUGGCAACACCGGGGUUAACGAUUGGUGGGACAACGCCAGCAACCAGAUCGCCUUCUGCAGAGGAGGGAAUGCGUUUAUCGCCUUUAACAAUGAUUACUGGGACUUGAACCAGAAUUUACAGACUUGCCUACCAGCGGGCAGGUACUGUGACGUCAUCUCAGGCAACAAGGUAGGCAACUCCUGCCAGGGCAAGACCGUCACCGUGGGCAAUGAUGGCCGCGCGCAUAUAUCCGUCGGAGCCAACGACUACGAUAUGAUGUUAGCCAUACAUGUUGGACCUGAGAGCCGACUUUAAGGAGAAAGUACUUCGCUAUCAGCAAGCACUGGCUUUCAGUCUGUAUAAUCAACAUGAAAUAGCCGGGAAUCAUAUUUUAUACUUUUUUUUAAUAAAAUAUACAGUACAUUUUG